AUGCCAGCUAUUUCUGACUACGAUUCCGAGGACGAUUUUAACAAUUUUCUCAACGAGGAUGAUGACGAUGACGACGAUGACGACGAUGACGACGAUAACGAUGCAACUGACGUCGAGGACGAAGAUUUGACGAUACAGCGUAGUCCCAGGAAGGCAGGAGCCGAUCAUGAAGAAGAGAAGGGGCCGCAAACUGAAGCGAGGUUCAAUUUCCAGCCUAAUCCUUUUUGUUUUCCCAUUCAGGAAACCUUGGCCAGUUUUCCUUCUGUUCCGGCAAACCUGGAUCGCGUACAUGAAACCCACGGCGAAUUUAAGGGUUCAUUUCUGGGCGCCAUCAUGGCCAUGCUUGACGAAAUGGAAGAAAGUUUGGAGCUGAGAACCAUUGGGGGAGGAAGGGCAAUCCCCACGAAACACGUUAUGGAGUACACUUCGGCUUUCAGAGACUGCGUCAAGCAAAAUCUCGUUCAACUAUAUGUCAAACGUGGCCGAACCCCACCUAGCCUUGACGGCUUGAGAUCCAAUCACCCUCUUGGACGAAUCCUUGUCGCGCCGCCAUCCUCCCCCGAGCGGGCAUCAGUUCCAAAGCAGGAGACUUCCAAUCGUAUGCCAAUGGACCGGGCGUAUGAAGCCCUCCUCAUCGCCCAGCUUACGCGCGCGAGAAUCAACGGGCCGGGAGAGAACAAGGAGAAUUGCUCUUGCCAACGUUGCAAAACGCCUAUCCUCCCCACCGGUCGUCGUGUUCCUCUGGGAGCACUUUUCCGUAGACCCCAGGUGGAGGAACAUCGCGUGAAGAAACAAAUCAAUGGACUGAACAUCGAAGUAUCUGUUAACGUGGUCUCCGAUUGAUCAGCUUGCAAAUUCGACCUCUUCACUCAGGUUUGUGGUUUCGAUGGUUCCUCAGAUUCUGUGCCAAGAACUAACACGUGACUGAUACCCCGCCCUGCAUAACCUACAUCUUCCUCCCU